AUGGCCGGGCUCCGGCCCCCUCCCGGCCGGCGCGGCACAGCGCUGCCUGGCUCCCGGCGGACCCGCCCCUUCCGUCGACGUCACUGCCCCUCCAGGCAACCGCCCGCCUGGCGGAAGUGCUCACUGCGACUUCCGCCCGGGCCUGGUGCGGCACAGAGCUGUCCGUUCGCUCACGGCUGCGGCUCAAGCCUGUCCAGUCAUGUAAAUGCGGAGUCUCUCCGCCUUCGCCGACGCGAGGCUCUGGAAACGCCCGAGGAAGGACACGGCAUCCACGCCGACGUUCUCGUUCUCGGAGAUAUAAACCCAGUUCUUGUCCUAACCCUCCAAGGGGCCAUUGACGUGAACGCGCUGGCGUCGAACAGGGAAGUGCGGGGCCCUGGGCCCGGGACUCCCAGGAACCGGCCCCUGCUGCCAAUGCUGCUGCUUCUGCUCUUGCUACCGCUGCCCGCCAGCGCCUGGUAUAAGCACGUGGCGAGUCCCCGCUAUCACACAGUGGGUCGUGCCUCGGGGUUGCUCAUGGGGCUGCGCCGCUCACCCUACCAGUGGCGCCGUGCCCUGGGCGGGGCUGCUGGACCACUCUCCCGGCUUCCAGGACCGGUCGCCCGCGGCGCUCUCCUGCUUCCUUCCCCUGGGCAGGAGCUGUGGGAGGUACGAAGCAGGAGCUCACGGGCAGGGCUUUCCGUCCAUGCACCCCGGAGUCCGCGGGACCUGGAGGGAGUCCGCCAACCGGAGCAGUCGCUAAGCAUUCACUCCUGGAUCGCAGAGGAGCCCGCUGCUAGAGCCUUCGGAGAGACACUUCGUGCCCAGCCAUGGUUCCUGCAGCAAGUCAUCUUUGCCGAUCCUGUCAGGCCCAAGAACCGAUGGCGCCCCCAUGCUUGACCUAGGCAGGAGCACAGCUUGAAGCUCCAGUCAGGCCUCGUGGUCUGGUCAAUAAAACCAACCUGAUUCCUGCGC